AUGGCUGUUCCUGUAUCUGUUUGCAGUGAGAAGUGUUCUCCAGGAACACGUAAAGUUCUGCAGAAAGGAAAACCAGUUUGCUGCCAUGACUGUUUAAGAUGUGCAGAGGGUGAAUUGAGCAACAUCACAGAAUCCUGGUCAAAUGACAGAAGAGAUGCCUGUGUAAUAAAAGAAGCAGUUUUUCUGUCCUAUGAAGACAUCAUGGGGAUGAUUCUCACCGCUGCGGCUUUAUUUGGAACAUGUAUGACGGCUGCUGUAGCUUUCAUUUUCUUCAGACACAGGACAACUCCUCUUGUCAAAGCAAACAACUCUGAGCUGAGCUUCCUGCUGCUUUUCUCCUUGACUCUGUGUUUUCUCUGCUCUCUGACCUUCAUUGGACGUCCCUCUGAGUGGUCCUGUAUGCUCCGUCACACAGCUUUUGGUAUUACCUUCGUCCUCUGUAUCUCCUGUGUUUUGGGGAAAACAAUGGUGGUUUUAAUGGCAUUUAAAGCUACAAUUCCAGGCAGUAAUGUGAUGAAACUGUUCGGGCCUACACAGCAGAGACUCAGUGUUCUUUGUUUAACUUUCAUACAAGUUGUCAUAUGCAUUUUAUGGCUGACAAUUUCUCCUCCGUUUCCAUCUAAGAACUUUAAGGAAUUCAAAGAUAAAAUCAUUUUGGAGUGUGAUCUGGGUUCAGCUGUGGGUUUCUGGUCUGUACUUGGGUACAUUGGACUUCUUGCCUUGUUGUGUUUCAUUUUUGCCUUUCUGGCACGAAAACUACCUGAUAAUUUCAACGAAGCAAAAUUUAUCACCUUCAGCAUGUUGAUAUUCUGUGCUGUAUGGAUCACUUUUAUCCCAGCAUAUGUCAGCUCUCCUGGAAAAUUUAGUGUUGCUGUAGAAAUCUUUGCCAUUCUUGCUUCUAGCUUUGGACUGCUGAUUUGUAUAUUCAUCCCAAAGUGUUACAUCAUGUUAAUGAAACCAGGAAGAAAUACAAAAAAGACUAUGAUGGGGAAAGGAUCACACAAAUAA